CAAGCAUAUCUAGGUCAACUGGAAGCCUCGUGGACAACAAGCUGAAUACGGGCACUUCAGGGCAGAUAACAAUCGGAAGACGUGGUGAGAAAUCACGAUGAAAGAUCUUCAGCACUCUCCAGACAGGAGUCCACAAAAUGGAACCCCUGCGACACCUUCUCCAAACUCCUCACGACCCGAGUCUCCAGGCCUCCUGCCAUACAAAUAUAUCUCUCUCAUGGACCGUAUCAAAGCUAAGAUUGCAGAUGACGAACCGUUUUUUUCACUAGAAUUCUUUCCUCCAAAGACUGAAGAGGGCGCUGUAAAUUUGGUUGCCAGGCUUGAGCGCAUGUUAUUGGGAGGUCCCCUCUUCUGUGACAUCACAUGGCACUCCGCGGGAGACCCAACCUCAGACAAGCACACCAGCUCCACAGCCAUUGCAGGCACCAUGUUGAAUUACGUUGGCAUGGAAACCAUGCUUCACCUGACUUGCAUCGGUGCGUCCAAGGCAACCAUGAUUAAUCAGCUGGAGAGAGCCAAGGAGUUGGGUAUUAGGAAUAUUCUUGCUCUGAGAGGAGAUGCCAAGUUUGGCGAGGAGUGGAAACCAGAGCCUGAUGGUUUUAACUAUGCCACAGAUCUUGUCAGGUUUAUCAGGCUUCACUAUGGAGACUAUUUUGUUAUCUGUGUAGCAGGUUACCCUAGUGGGCAUCCCGAUUGUGAAUCCUAUGAAGCUGACCUUCAGAACCUGAAAACGAAAGUAGACGCUGGAGCCGACUUUAUAAUCACACAGCUGAUUUUCCAGUCAAAGACUUUCCUGAAGUAUGUGCAGGACUGCAGGAAUAUCGGCAUUACAGUUCCUAUACUGCCAGGAAUAAUGCCAUUUCAGUCUUAUCAGUCACUGCGCCAUAUCACACGUUUGUCUAAAAUGGAAAUCCCACAAGAAAUUUUGGAUGAAGUGAUUCCAAUCAAAGACAAUGAUGAAGCAAUCAGGAACUGGGGUAUUGACAUUGCAUACAGAAUGUGCUCAGAAAUCCUUGCCGCAAAAGGAGCGCCUGGCCUCCAUUUUUACACUCUGAACAGAGAGGUUGCCACUGUAUCUGUUCUGAAGAGACUCGGAAUGUGGUGUGAGGAACCAAAGAGAAUGUUGCCAUGGAAACCAACAGCCAAUCACAUCCGCUGUAUGGAGGACGUGAGGCCGAUAUUCUGGAGGGCGCGUCAGAAGAGCUAUGUUCAGCGUACAUCAGACUGGGAGGAUUUCCCUAAUGGCAGAUGGGGAGAUUCAUCCUCAGCAGCCUUUGGGGCCUUGAAGGACCAUUACCCAUUCUAUCUUACCAGUAAAUCUUCACAUGAAGAGUUGUUGUCCAUGUGGAAAAAAGAACUGAAUAGUGAAGAGGAUGUUUGGGAUGUUUUCUACCACUAUAUCACUGGGGAGGCAUAUGACGAUGGUGUGAAGGUUACCAGGCUACCAUGGGAGGAUGACGAGGUAACCCUGGAGACCAGCCUCAUCAGCUCAGAACUAGCCUCCAUCAACAGGAAAGGGGUGCUGACCAUCAAUUCUCAACCAAGAAUUAACUGCGUCCCCUCCACAGACCCUGCCGUGGGAUGGGGGAGCCAUGAUGGGUACAUCUUCCAGAAGGCAUAUUUGGAAUUUUUUGUAUCCAAAGAAAAAGUUGAUUGCUUGAAGGAAAUUUUGCCAGAAUAUCCCCUGGUCAACUACCACAUUGUCAACUGCACAGGCGAAGCAGACUACACAAAUUGUGAUGAACACAAGCCCAUAGCUGUAACAUGGGGAGUGUUCCCUGGGAGAGAAAUCAUCCAGCCAACUGUGGUGGAUCCUGUAGCAUUCAAGGCGUGGAAGGACGAAGCCUUCAUGUUGUGGUUGAACCCAUGGGCUGACCUUUACCCUGAGGGAUCCAGGUCCCAAGAACUGAUUAGAUACUUUCACGACAACUAUUAUCUCGUCAAUCUGGUCGACAACGAGUUCCCGAAGGAAACGGUCUUGUGGGAGAUUGUAGAUCGCAUGUGCAGUAUGGCAGAAAGUAGAAGCGAUGGAGCCGUUCAGCAAGAGGAGGCUUGUCAACCAAAGUUCCAGAAACUUGCUGCCAGCCAAUAAACAUCAAGGUUACAAGAGGACCAACCAAUAAACAUUAGGGUAACAAAAUGGCUUAUCAAAAGACCUUAGGCUGUGGGUAACAGAAUGACUGAAUUCUUGGAAUGGCAGUUUUGCUAUUAAAUAUUUUCAGUAAACCUUGGCCGAAUUUCACAGAGGUCUCUCUUCAACAGCUCCCUUCAGAACUUUCACUUUGAAAACAAAGGGAAUACAAGUUUUUGUUAAUCAAAUCAAAAACAUUGCUGUGACUUAAACAAGCUAAUGCUUGUCAGCAGUUAAUGCUCAUUCAGUACUUUUGUAAAUACCUCUUCAAUGGGUGCAUUAAUAAUAUUUUAAUGAAGAAUGAAAAGGGAAGGUUAGUAAAUUAAAAGAUGAUUUUACAAAAAUGUAUAAUCAAUUCUCAGUAUUUCCAAAUUGAGUGCCAGGUGGGGGGCAUUUAUAUAUAUAUAUAUAAUUUAUUAACAAGUAAAUUGCACAAGUCAGUGGACUCUGAGCUCUAUCAGAUAUUUAUUACAUAAAGUUAAAUGUACAUCUGCCAAGCAGAGGAUAUUCUUGAUAACCACAUUGCUUUCAUAUCAGUCAUUUUAGCAUGUUUCUAUUUUUCAAAAAUAGUUUUUAGCUUUAGGGGAUUAAGUCUUCAAAUAAUACUUUCAUUUUUGUUUGUCAAAUGUUUAGGGUAAUAAGUUGUAUUUUGUUAAUUUAUUUUUUUUUUUUUAACUUAAAUUCUUGUAUAUCUUGUAUAUAUUUUUUCUGAAUCAUUUUGUUGUUUGAUUCUCUAUGUUAAGGUUUUUAUCCUUAUAGAUAAAUGAUGGAAAUGUAUUUUUUAGCUUAAGAGAUUCUUAGGUUUUUGUACAUCUGUUAAUAGUCAAGUGUCAUAAUUAGGAAUGAAUCAUCGAAAAAGUUCAAGUGCCUGGAAUUUACAAAUCUGCCCAAAGAGUAAGUUUGCUUUGGCAGGACAAUUGGAAACUUUUGCACUAUGAUCAUGUAUAUAUAUUUUUGUAAUUGCUGUAAUUUGGCUUGAAGACAAUGUUAUAAGGGCUUACUUCUCUAAAAGUCUCUUGGCUGAGCAUGAAUAGCGAAAUACGUAUCUGUAUUCUGCGACCAAGUAUUGGGUAAUUUACUUGGUUCAUCCAUGAGGAAAGCACAAGAAUGUGUUAACUGCUGUAAGAACUGUUGUCACAUCACACAAUCACACUUUUUUUCGCUUGGGGUGGGGGAGACAGCAGUGCACCAUGGUUUACUUCGGAAUGCAGUCACUAGUCGCACCCGAUGAGAAAGCACGGGAAAUGCUUGAUGUUUUUUUUUUUUAAUGAUGAGAAAAAAAUUUUUUUAAGCAAAAAAGGGUUGUUCUAACUGACCCACAUUUCGAGGGACGAUCUAGACUGAAAUUGUAACACAGGUCGGCGGAGAAAAAAUCAUCCGUUGCGGACAUUACAUUUUUGCCUGUAAGAGUGUUAAAUUGGAUCAUAAAAAAACGUUCUGAUUAUUGUGGUAUGUGUCUCAAUCUUUGUAUGAAAAGGGAAAAAAUAUUCUUAAUUCUCGAUAUUUUUGUUAAAAACUUUUUGAAAAUGUUCAUUUUGAAACGAAUAAACAAAGGUAACCAA